AUGGCAUACAACGAUGACGCCGUGCUUGCGCGGUUGUCUGCCCUCAAUGAAAGCCACGAUAGUAUUGCGACAGCUGCGCAAUGGAUAAUGUUUCACAAGCGGCAUGCUGAUCGCACGGUCGCGCUCUGGAUGCAGCGCCUGAAGGACUCAUCCGCAACAAGAAGACUUAGUCUCAUCUACCUUGCAAAUGCGUCGCAACAUACAGAAGUCGCACAGCAAUCACGAAUUCGACGGAAAGAAGAUUUUAUAAUUGCCUUUUCGCCUAUAAUUGCCGAAGCUACAGCACUUGCGUACAAAGGAGCCCCGGCCGAGAUACACGGAAAGCUGCGACGCGUGAUAGACGUGUGGAAAGACCGAAACAUAUUUGAAGCCCCCAUACAAAAUGCCAUCGAGGCACGGCUAGACGAGCUGGAUAAGGCCAAAGGAACAUCUCGACCGGGAUUUGGGAGCUCACCAUUCACCUCCAACACUGCAGCCGCACCGCCGCCCGAAUUCGCGCCGCUCAUUUCGGGACUACAAAAAGUCCAAAAACUGAGCGCACCGCUCAAGUCUACGCUUGAGUCCGCGAACCAAGAAUACGAAAAACAGACUGGUCCAAGUGUUGCCGUGCCCUCAGCACCAGUUUUUGCCGCACGCCUGAAUGGCCUCCUGAAAACCUUGUCGAACGCGGAGACUACUACUCGCGAAAGCGUAGCAGCUCGCGAGAGCUUGAUUGCUGAUCUAGAGAAGAUGCUCCAGGAACACCGGUCCGAGCUUGAGAUAGCUCAUGAGGCGCUAUCGCAGCUAUCAGCCAGGAAGGUAGAAAUCGAAGAAAAGAAACAACAAGUAGAACUAGCUAUCAUGCGAGCACUUGGACCGGCUGAUGGAAAUGAGUCACAUCCUAAUGGAGAGGAAGGCGUCUCUGUGCAGGAGCCAGGUCGGCCGGAAAUGGAGGCUCUCACGCCACCGGCAAUGGAAGAGUUCACACCGCCGCCGCCGGACACGGAGCCUCUGAGCCCGAUCGACGAGACCGAAGUCAACACUGAAAUGGAGGAACCCCCAAAACAGAAACCACAGUCUUCCUCGAAGAAAGACCCUAAUGACGACGAAGCCGACUUCGAAUUUAAAAAGAGCGACCGCGCCACCCAAGCCGCGCAAGUGAACCUCGCUGCGAAGCUUUCUAAAGACAGCAAGCAACCAGCAAAGGCAGGGCUGAAGGAAAUAUGGCGACUAAUCAAGGUAGCUCGCCCUGAGCUUCGCUGGCUCGGCAUUGCGUUCAUCUUCCUGGUGAUUUCGUCGAGUGUUACCAUGUCUAUCCCGUUCUCAGUCGGCAGAAUACUGGAUCUCGCAACAAAGGGCGAAGUCGAGGACAUACGCCUUUUUGGACUUACCUUGAACCAAUUCUUCAUUGGCCUCGCGGGCAUUCUCACUCUGGGCGCCAUGGCUAACUUUGGGCGAGUCAUUCUACUGCGCAUUGUUGGCGAGAGAGUAGUUGCGAGACUUCGAUCGCAGCUUUACCGCCGCACUUAUGUGCAAGAUGCUGAGUUUUUCGACGCAAACCGAGUUGGUGACCUGAUAUCAAGACUCAGCUCCGACACCGUCAUUGUUGGCAAGUCAGUCACACAAAAUCUCAGUGACGGUUUAAGGGCUCUAUUCAGCGGCGGUGCCGGAUUUGCCAUCAUGGUCUGGACGAGUCCCAAGCUCACAGGUCUUUUGCUCUUGAUGUUUCCCCCAAUUGCGAUUGGUGCAUUCUUUUACGGCCGAGCAAUCCGAAACAUCAGCCGAUCUAUCCAAAAGAAUCUCGGCACACUCACCAAGAUUGCUGAGGAGCGACUCGGCAACAUCAAGACCAGCCAAGCUUUUGUCGGAGAAGUUCAGGAAGUUGGGCGCUACAACAGACAAAUUCGACGUAUUUUCGCCCUGGGCAAGAAAGAGUCACUUGUCGCGGCCACCUUUUUCGCUUCUACGGGCUGGGCUGGCAACAUGACCAUCCUAGCGAUGCUUGUUGUUGGUGGAAGCUUUGUUCGCGGCGGCACCAUGUCACUCGGAGACCUCACAUCUUUCAUGAUGUACACCGCGUUUGCAGGAUCAAGCUUAUUCGGAUUGUCUGGCUUUUACUCUGAGUUGAUGAAAGGUGUCGGUGCCGCGAGUCGUCUAUUCGAACUCCAAGACCGCCGCCCUGGCAUUCACCAAACUGUAGGAAAGCCUGUGAAAUCUGCCCAAGGUCCCAUCAGAUUCAGCAAUGUUUCUUUUGCAUACCCAACGCGCCCUGCUGUCAAGAUCUUCAAUGGUCUCGACUUUGAGAUUCCUUCCGGAAGUAAUGUAUGUGUCGUUGGUCCUUCUGGAGGCGGCAAGUCCACGGUUGCCUCGCUUCUAUUGCGGUUCUAUAACCCGACAGAGGGGAGCAUCUCUAUCAAUGGGGUUGACAUUUCCGGAAUGAAUGUCAAGUCUUUGAGACGUCGCAUCGGCAUGGUGUCUCAAGAGCCAGUUCUAUUUUCUGGAACAAUCGCCGAGAAUAUCGCAUACGGAAAACCGCAUGCAUCGCGAACGGAAAUUAUUGCAGCAGCCAGGCGCGCCAACUGCAACUUCAUCAGCGAUCUCCCAGACGGACUGGAGACCCAAGUUGGCGCGAGAGGAUCGCAACUCUCUGGAGGGCAAAAGCAGCGUAUUGCUAUCGCCAGAGCUCUUCUCAAGGACCCUGAUAUUUUGAUCCUCGACGAAGCCACCUCGGCCUUGGAUGCUGAAUCCGAAACACUGGUCAACGAAGCUCUUGCUGGCCUGCUUCGCGGACACAACACUACCAUCUCGAUUGCUCAUCGCCUUUCGACCAUCAAGCGCUCCGAUCAAAUCAUCGUGCUCAACAACGAGGGCAAGGUCGCAGAAAUUGGCAGCUACACACAGCUCGCUGCUAACAAGGACAGUGCCUUCAGCAAGCUAAUGGAGUGGCAAAUGAGUGGCGGUGAGAUUCCAGAGAAGCGCGCGUCUUCCGCUGCGGCACACAUCACUGAGGCAGAAUACAUGGAGCAAGAGAGACAAACGGACGAGGAGGAGCUCAUUGAAGAGGAGGAGCAGAAAGAGGACGAGGCAAAGAGCGAAACUACGGAACAGAAACAACGAUGA